UAGAGAAAAAGACGUAGAAGAGAAACACAAAUGUAUAUAAAUAUAAUAUAUUAUUAUAUAUAUAGAGAGAGAGAGAGGAGAGAGAAAAGCUCACCACCGAACCCUGACACGAAGUGAAGGUCCCAAUUUAAGGCGUGGGCGAAGAAGUGGUGGCGGUGUUAGUAGUAGUAGUAGUAGGGAGAGGAAGAGGAGAGAAAGGGAAAAAUCAUCUCUUUUGAGCCAUUAAUGUGUAAAAACAAGUGAAAAAAAUAACCUCCUUUUUUUUUUAAUCUAUCGAGAGCUCUCUUUAGCUUCAACACAAUCUUUGUGGAAUCUCAUAGCUUUGGCUUCUGGAUCAGAGUGGGGUGUGUGUGUGCUUCUUCUUCUUCUACUAUUAUUAAGCUUUAGAUCUCGAUUCCGCUUCGACGGAAUGUUGGAGGGGCAAUCCUACUUGAUCUCCCGGGCUCUGCCGAGCUCCUGCGAGCACGAAUCCAAGUGGUUCUACAUGACCUGCCACCUCUUCGAGAUCACAAGCAUCAAGCUCCCCCUCAGCGCCGAAAGGGAACCCAAAGAACAAGGUGAAUCUAACAAUGCUAAGAGACCUAAGCUCCCGGAGAGCCUGCCUCUCCCUGCUUUGCAAGAACCACUUUUGCCAUCUGACCUGUCCAAUUCCGAUCACGGCCACGGCGGCGAUGGCUCCGAUUGUAGCUCCUUUAUCAACCUGAUCGGGCGUGACAACUCCAUCAGCUGUCUCGCCCGCUGCUCGCGAUCCGAUUACGGCGCCCUGGCCUGCGUAAGCAAAGCCUUCCGCUCCCUCAUCAAGAGUGGCUAUCUGUACAGGGAGCGCCGCAAAAUCGAUAUCGUCGAACACUGGGUGUACUUCUCGUGCAUUAUCAAUGAGUGGGAGGCGUUCGAUCCGAAUCGUGGCCGUUGGAUGACCCUUCCCACGAUGCCCCCGAACCAGUGCCUCGAGGGCAUUGAUAGGGAAUCGCUUGCCGUCGGCACUCAGCUACUCGUUUUCACUAAGGGAGUUCUUUUCAAUAAUAUAGUAUUGAAGUAUAGCAUCUUAACAAAUACUUGGUCUACAGGUGUAGCCAUGAACUCCUCCAGGUAUAUGUUCGGUUCUGCUAGCUUCGGUGAGAGAGCUAUUGUGGCCGGCGGCACCAGCGACAGCGGCAGCAUAUUAGAUUCUGCGGAGCUUUAUAAUUCCGAAACACAAACUUGGACCACUCUUCCUAGCAUGAAUAUCGCAAGGAGGAAUUGCUCUGGUGUAUUUAUGGAUGGAAAGUUCUACGUGAUAGGGGGGAUCGGUAGUAACAACGAAUUGCUCGCAUGUGGCGAAGAGUAUGAUCUUAAGGAGGAGACCUGGACGAUCAAACCGAACAUGUCCCCAGGGUUGCACGGUCCAAGCGGCGCGCCCCCUCUCCUGGCAGUCGUUAAUAAUGAGCUAUACGCGGCAAAUUGUGCAGAGAAGACGUUGAGGAAGUACGAUAAAAGCAAUAACACUUGGAUCACUCUGGGGAGAUUGCCGGAGAGGUCGGAUUCGGUGGACGGUUGGGGGAUUGCUUUUCGAGCUUGUGGCGAAAGGCUUCUAGUUAUUGGGGGGCCGAGGUCGCCUACCGGUAGGAUGAUUGAGCUCGAAGUCAAUUCAUGGAUACCGGAAGAGGAGGUCCCGCCAAACUGGAACAUAAUCGCCAGAAAGCGCUCGUCGGGCUUUGUCUAUAACUGCGCUGUAAUGGGCUGCUGAUUUCCUACUAAACCAACAAAAAGUGAUCUAGCUUACGGGUAAUCUCUGCCUUUUUUUAAGUACUUUCAGAUUUUACUCAAGGUUCGAUGGAUUAUACUUUUCUGCGUACUCUGACUUAAUCCUCUUAAUUUUCCAUUCUAAUUUUGCUCCGUUACACUUCAAUAUUUAAAAUUAUGCACCCCGCCCCUCCCUCACUGGUUGUUAUGAUGGCAGCUUUUGGAGUUCGAUCGUGCAGUAAAUUAGAGCUAAUAAUUGGAUGUAUCCAUCCAUUUGUAGAUUGCUUGGAUUGAUUCUCAAGUGUGUUGGUCUCGCAGUUGUACUUCAUGCGAUUCCAUUAUUGUCGUAUCUGUGGAGGAAAGAACACUAAAAUUAAUUGUUAGCAUUAUUUUUUGCUUGUAUAUGUUUUCCCUUUUUUUUUUGUUCAGGUCAUUAAUCUUACAUUUGAGCAGCAUGUUUUCUUAGAUGCAUGCGAUUCAUACUUGUCGAUGAUUAUCCAAUUCGAUUGGAGUAUAAAAACAAAAUGUCAGACACUUAAAGAAACGUCAUCAUUCUAAGUUCAUUCUAAUCUUUUAAAUUGCAUCUAAGACGUAUGUUCGUAAUUGACAAAUUGACUUCUUUUAACAUGUGGUGCGAUAACUUGACUUGUUUAACUUCUUUAUGUUGGAAAUUUAGCGCAUAGACUUUCUGCGGUACAAACAUAAAUUUUUAUGGCAUGUUUUGAUUGGUUACAACCAAGGUGCAAUGCGAAAAGUACAUUUAUUCUACUGUCCGAAACUUAAGAAGUUUAUCGAAUCAAUACAAGGACUAUGGUAUCGUAAAAUAUUCAUCCCUUUUAACUUGUUUUCAGAUGCCAUUAUCUCUCGGAACUCAUAUUAAGGAAGUUUCAAAGUAAUCUGAUGCAUGUCAUUAUAAAAGUUUUAAAGUCGCAGGCCAGAAAUCUGUCCAGCAUAUCACGCGAAUCGAACAUGUAAUUACAUCGUAACGCAUAUUUCAAGUAGGCAAAGAGAAUAUAUGUAUAUUCUAUUUAUCAUCUAUAUCAUUUGGUUUGUUUACUCCCUCUACUUUCAUAUUUUGUGCUGAUGAGCUUUUGAUGUGAUUAGUCCAGGCGUUUAUGCUUAAUCUCUGUAGAGGGUUUUAUUAUACUAUGAUUUUUUGCAAUGGAAAUUAUGUUUCACUUCCUCUAUUUCUUCUGUAACAUGCUUUUGUUCUUAGUUCUCUUUUUCGAGAAAUACAUGUUCUUAGUUUUCCUAAAGAGAUAAUUAGAAAGCGUCUUUUUGGUUAGAUGUCCGAAGCUACCUAGGUGUUGAUAAGUUUACUUUUGUAUGCAGAUAAUGAUUUCUCUUUUGUAAUAGUUAGCUGCCGUAACAUCUAGCAGCCAAGUUGAUGAUAACAGGUACCAUUUAGACUGCCAGUUGUUUCCUCAGAAUAAAUUGCUUACAUCUAUGAAAUUUCUGUACCAUUCUUUGGCCUGUUUUGGAUUCUUUUUCUGUUUUGCUGCCGCCGAGAAUCGGAAGAAUGAGGAAGUGUUUGUGCAUAAGCAGGAUUUUCUGCUCCUUAGUUGGGGGAAGAUAAGGGAAUAUGAAGACAGGCUCUGUUCACACUUUACAUGGAACUAUUCUUUCCUAGGAUAAGAUUGUUAAUCUCCUAUUCUCACAAGAUUAGCCCACCUGAUUCCCCUUUUAAAGCUGCUGAUACGAUACGAUGUUUUAGCAUUACUGGGUAAUACCACCAAUCCAUUACUCAGCCGCACUGUAAUUUUGCGACGCAGUUGCUCUGUUACUCGAGAAUGGUCGAUUACUAAAUAAUUUGAAGGUUUUGUGACGAUUAUGGACACGGAAACAUUUGGCUAACUAAGUUUAAAGUUUCAUUUGUUA